AUGCCGGAGCGGACGCAGCCCGUCAUCGCUCGUCUGCCACUGCCGGCCACUGCCGGACCAUCAGUCUGGUGUUUGGCUUGUGAGGUAUCUGACGCAGCGCAGACCGCUAGCUUUGUCCUGAGUGACAUUCUCUUACGAAAGGGAAAGCCCUUUACCGACGGAUUGCUCGUGAAGGAGUGUCUCUUAAAGGCGGCGGAAAUUAUGUGCCCGGAGAUGGUCUCAAGAUUUCAGGCCGUCAGUUUGUCACCAAACACCAUCAGUGAACGGGCGAAGGAUAUUUCGGCCGACCUCGAGGGACAACUCCGCCACAAGUGUUCUAAGUUUGUGUUUUUCUCUCUGGCUCUGGAUGAAAGCACGGACGUAGUUGACACUGCCCAGUUGGCUAUUUUCGUCCGUGGCGUCGACGAAGCUAUGGUAGUUACCGAGGAGCUCCUGACUUUAGUUCCGUUAAAGGGGACCACACUAGGGAAGGACAUUUUUGCUGCAUUGUUGAAGGCAUUUGACACUUUCAACUUGUCCUGGACUAGUUUCAUUGGUUUUGCUUCUGAUGGUGCUCCUUCCAUGAAAGGCGACGCGAAGGAUGGCCUCGUGGCCCUUGUCCGAAAGCACUUGCGGGGGCUCGGCCUGCCGGACACCAUUAUACACAUCCAUUGCAUCGUGCACCAAGAAGCGCUCUGCGCUGGCGCUUUGGAGGCGUCCGACGUGAUGGACGUUGUCACUAAAGUUGUAAACAAGAUACGUAAGGUAAGACUGAGCCACAGGCAGUUCCGUUCUUUCUUGGAAGGAAUUGGAAGUGAAUAUGAGGACAUGCCGUACUACAAUAAAACGCGUUGGUUAAGUAGGGCCAAGGUGCUGAAAAGAUUCUUCGAUUUGCGUGAAGUUUUAGUUGAUUUCUUAAAGGAGAAGAAUUUAAUUGCAACAUUUCCUCAGCUUCAAAAACCAGAGUGGAUAAAAAAGCUAGCCUUUUCCGUUGAUGUCACCCAACACCUUAAUUCUAUGAAUGUGUCUUUACAAGGUAAAGAUAAUUUAAUCAGUGACAUGUUCCAAAUUGUUAUUGGUUUCGAGCAAAAGUUAGGGCUCUUUGUCUCUGAAAUUGAGAAAGGAGACCUUUUCCAUUUUCCCCACCUAAAAUCUCUCGGGUCGUUGGCCGGUGACUUCAAGAGAGAGUUCGUCGCCACCCUAAAUACGCUCAAAGAGAAAUUUAAGUGCAGUUUUCAGGAUUUCCGGAAGUUAGAGAUGGACAUUGCAAUUUUUUCGGACCCUUUUUCUGUUAAUGUGUCCGAGGUGCCUUCUGGACUUAAAUUAAAUUUAAUUGAUUUGCAGCUUGACAGGUCCUUGAAACUAAGAUAUUUGUCAGUGCCCCUUAAAGAAUUUUAUUCAUCAUUAGGUAAUAAGUAUGAAAAUAUUGUGAAACAUGCAAUGAAAAUGUUUGCACUGUUCAGUUCCUCCUAUAUCUGUGAACAGCUGUUUUCCCUAAUGAAAUAUGCCAAGAGUAAAUUUCGUUCUAGACUUACGGAUGAAAACUUGCUCAGUCAACUCCGUAUCAUGUCGCGAAACAGUGUGGCGCCCGAUUUCCAGGAGCUCAUGCUGAAACGACGCUCUCAGGUGUCACCGGUUCCACCAGAAUAA